AUGCAUAUUCGAGAGAAGCUGGCGCAGAACGAGGCCGCUGGGCAACCAGGGAUCUCGUUUGAGUUUUUCCCGCCCAAGACUGCCCAGGGUGUGCAGAACCUCUACGACCGCAUGGAUCGCAUGCACGGACUGGGCCCAUCGUUCGUCGAUGUCACUUGGGGAGCUGGUGGCCGCCUAUCGGAUCUGACGUGCGAGAUGGUUGGCGUGGCACAAACGGUCUAUGGGUUGGAGACGUGUAUGCAUCUGACAUGUACAGACAUGCCGCAAGAAAAGGUCGACCAAGCCCUCCAGGCUGCCUACAAGGCCGGUUGCACCAAUAUCCUGGCCCUCCGAGGUGACCCGCCACGAGAGAAGGAAACUUGGGAAGCUACGGAGGGAGGCUUUCGCUAUGCAAAGGAUCUGGUCAAGUACAUCCGAGAGAAGUACGGCAACCACUUCGACAUUGGUGUGGGUGGUUACCCGGAGGGUGCCGACGACAAUGCGGAUGUGGAUCAACUUAUCGAUCACUUGAAGGAGAAGGUGGAUGCCGGCAGCUCCUUCGUGAUCACACAGAUGUUCUAUGACGUGGACAACUUUAUCGAUUGGGUUAAGAAGUGUCGGGCCAAGGGCAUCAAUAUUCCAAUCAUUCCGGGUAUUAUGCCCAUCCAGACAUAUGCCUCGUUCAUUCGGCGGUCCAAUUGGACCAAGACUCGCGUGCCCCCGGAGUGGAUGGAGUCACUUGACCCUGUCAAGAAUGAUGAUGCUGCCGUUCGGGAUAUUGGGAAGCAUCUGAUCGCAGAGAUGUGCCGAAAGCUCAUGGCCUCCGGUAUCAACCACUUGCACUUUUAUACCAUGAACCUUGCACAGGCAACUCGGUUGGUCCUGGAAGAGCUUGGUCUCGCGCCAUCCGAGGAAUCUCCAAUCCAACGGGCUCUGCCAUGGCGGCCGUCGCUUGGAUUGAAUCGCAGAGAUGAAGAUGUGCGCCCAGUGUUCUGGCGGAACCGAAACUCGUCGUAUGUCGCACGUACGCAAACGUGGGAUGAAUACCCGAAUGGUCGCUGGACCGACUCCCGUUCACCUGCGUUUGGUGAGCUCGAUGCGUACGGCGUCGGUCUCAAGGGCACAAACGAGCAGAACAUCAAACUGUGGGGUCAACCGAAAUCGUUCAAGGAUCUGUCCGAUAUCCUCAUCCGUUUUCUGGAGGGCAAGCUGGAUCGCUUGCCCUGGAGCGACUCCCCGAUCACGGCGGAAGCAAAUGCCAUCAAGGAUAAGCUGCUCUCUUUGAACCGCAGGGGAUUCCUGACGAUCAACUCUCAGCCUGCGGUCGAUGGCGUCAAAUCCUCUCAUGCCAUCUUCGGCUGGGGCCCCAAGAACGGCUUUGUCUACCAAAAGGCGUACUUGGAGCUUAUGGUGCCCUCCUAUUUGAUCGAUGAACUGAUUGCGCGUAUCGACAAGAACGAGGAUCUCACAUAUCAUGCCAUUAGCAAGACUGGCGAGCUGAGAACCAACACGAUCGACAGUCCGAAUGCGUUGACCUGGGGUAUCUUUGCUGGGCGGGAAAUCAUCCAGCCGACUAUUGUCGAGACAAUCAGUUUCCUCGCCUGGAAAGACGAAGCUUACCAGCUGGGCGAGGACUGGGCCAAGUGCCACGAGGCCGGAAGCUCCAGUCGCAAACUGAUCCAGCAUGUGAUGGACGACUGGUACCUUGUCAACAUCGUCGACAAUGACUUCCACAGAAAUGAUGCUGUCUUCGAUCUCUUCGACAACCUGGAAGUCAAGGAUCUCAAUGUCGAAUUCCCUGGAAAACCAGAAUCAAACGGCACUGCUCAUCAAAACGGGGCACCUAAAAACUAA